AUGAUUUCAUAUGGACGACGUCAACGAGAUAAAUUUCGUUUCUUGAUGGCUAUCAAUGGUAUUUUAUUAUCAUUCGCCAUCUUCAUUAUAAUAUCAAUGUCAAUUUAUUGGGGUUUUUUCGAAGAAUGGACCGCAUGGACAGAUUAUACAAUGCCAUGGGUUGAAUUUAAUAUGUUUAUCUAUUAUUGGGAUCGUUUGACAAUAACACGUGUUUAUCUUGCAUUUAUUUACAUCUAUGGUUUUGUCUUACUAGCAAGUACGGUUUUAAUUGAGAAUGAGUAUGAAACAUUUAUUAACUGUCAUUGUUUAUAUUUUUCAGUUAUUGUACUUCAAAUUCAUGCCUAUCGUCGUCGAAAUAUAUUUCUUAUGGAAUAUGUACCCUACAGUCAAUUUACUUUAGCCCUAAUAACUAUUCUUGGUGGUCUUUGUUGGUUCGCUGUAACAAUGAUUAACAUGAAUGCAGGAUUUUUAACAAAAGAAACAUUUUUACUUGAACGUUUAAGAUUUAAGGGAAAUGCGUUUAAAGAGCUCAAAUAUCGCGAAGAAUCAUUUCGAUUAGUUACACAAGGCAGAGUACCACCACGUGUAUUUAUUUUAACAGCGUUCGUUAAUCAACGACAACGUGAUUUUCAUUGUUGUGGUUGGAACAGCUAUUUGGAUUAUUCGGCGAGUUAUACAACAGAUUUGCCCGAUACGUGUUGUCAUAAGUAUCAAAUGAAUUUUGGUUGUGGUUCGGGUAUGUUGGCAAACCCCAAUCCAAAAAUCGUAAAUACAAGGGGUUGUGGACCUGUUAUGAAUUAUUGGUAUCGACGUGGAUUUUGGGAAAAUAUAUUCAUGGGUUUAUUUGGAAUUCUAGUUGGUUGUUAUAUGUUAUUUGUGUUUCAACGUAAUCGAGAAGAAUAUGUUUUGUUACGUGAUGAAGCUGAUGAUAGAAAGCGUAUGAUCCAUGAACAUUCUCAUUCGAUGAAUUCUCUUCGUUCGCAUGCAAGUAAUGGUAGUAAACAUCAUCAUCACCAUUACCAUCAUACACCGAAAGCAACAAAUGGUUUAAGAUAUCCCUAUAUGGGAAUGAGAAAUUCGCCCUACAACGGACAUAAUGGCAAUGGUUAUGAGUCAGAUAAUAGUAGUAGUAUGACAGAGCCGUUUCCAACGUCAUCUACCCACAAUAAUUAUGAACCAUCGAGAAGCAAUAGUUACAACAGUGACAAUAAUUCAUCUAUAGUACUACUAUCAAUAGAUAGUCAAAAGAGUCAAAAUCGUCAUGUUGAUAUCACAUCUAAUUAUACUGUUAGAUCGAUCAAAGUCGAAUCGUGUACCAAAGAAUUUUUUGCUGCACAGAAAAAUGAAGUAUAUCCAAUGUAUAAAAUGCCUAGAGGACAAUGUUUAAUUAUUAAUGUAUAUAAUAUUAAUGGAAUGGCUAGACGAUGGUCGAAUUUAGAUACAAUUUUACUCAAUGAAUUAUUUAAACAACUGUUUUUUGAAAUAACCAUCUAUACAGAUAUUGAAGGACAUGAUUUAAGAGCAGAAAAUUUUCUAGAACUUUUACGACAAUUUGCUCAAUCAUCGAAACAUAUUAAUUCACAAUGUUGUGUAUUGUGUUUAAUGAGUCACGGUGAAGAAGGAUCGUUGACAGCUCAAGAUGGAGAAAAGAUUUAUCUUGAGAAGAUUUAUGAUUUAUUUAGUAAUGUUAAUUGUCCAAAUUUAGCAGGAAAACCAAAGUUAUUUUUUAUUCAAUGUUGCAGAGAUAAUCCUGUAUUGGGUCCGGUUGAUGAUCCUGGAUGUUAUGUUGAUUUAGAACCAACUAUCUUCGAUGAUAUUUAUGAUUAUACAAAUGAUAGCAUCGAAGAAGAUGAAUGUGAUAGUAUAAAUCAUUUACCAACAAGAUCUGAUAUGUUAAUUGGAUUUCCAUCUCAAAAAGGUUAUACGGCAUUUCGAAAACCCAAUGUUGGAAGUUGGUAUAUGAAUGCAUUAGUCGAUAUAUUUUCAAAACAUUCCAAAGAUACAGAUUUAUGUUCAAUGAUGAAUAUGGUUAUUGAUAAAAAUAUAAAUGGCUGUAUUACACAAGAAGCGACCAAUAAAGGAAAAAAACAAACAGCUGAGUUUAAGUCAUUGUUAACAAAAAAGGCACUCUAUUUUUUUCCAGGAAUGAUUGGUAGACAAGUUGAACCACGAAAACGUAGCACAGACACCAAAAGACGUUACAUUUUUGAUUAUGGAAUUACAGCGACAAAUUCCAUGUUUAAUCGUAUAUCUCCAGUACCACAUGGUGUUCUAGAUUUAUCAAUGAAAUCAUCUACUAAUUCAUUUUUUCAAUCUCAAAUAAAUUCUGAAUCAAUAGAUUAUUGUACAGAACAUACAAAAUCAGUAUUAAAACAUCCUCGAUCAUUGAUUGCUGUGGCUGACUCGCUCUCAUCAACAUCAAAACGCAUAUGUUUAUCGAAUUAUCAUCAUCAUCAAAGUGAUUCUUCAAUGAUGAUACAGAACGAAAAAAUUAAUUUUGAUUUAAUCAAAAUCUAUCUCAUUGAAAAUCUUACCGACAAAUGGAAACUAAUUGCAAGAGAAAUGAAAGUAAAAGAUAUACAAAUAGAUGAAAUUGACAAACAAUCAAUCGCUCAAAAACAAAAAUUUCGAAUGAUUCUAGAUUAUUUAACUCAAAAAUAUGACGAUGCUAUUCCAUUACUCAUUGAUGAUAUUCUUAAAAGUUUAAAACGUUUACAACGAAAAUUAUGUUAUAGUAAGCUGUAA